CACCUCCAGGAGAUCCCGUCCUCCAGCAGUAAUGUUUCCAGCAGCUUCAGCUGGGACUGGGACUCCGGCAGGACCUCCGAGUUUCUCUCUGGCAUGGGAGUGUCUGUCCUGAAGAAGGACAAGGUGGACAAUGAAAACACGCCGCAGGACGUGGUGUCGUUGCAGUGUCCUCCUCAGAAGCGGCAGAAGGUGAAGGAGAAGGAGUUUGUCAUUGUGCGCCGGCCUCGGCUGCUCCGAGAGGCAGAGUCAGGUAUUUCUUGGGAUACACUUCCAGAUGAAUUACUUCUGGCAAUCUUUGUUUAUUUGCCCCUAAAUAACUUGCUAAAAGUUUCCAUGGUAUGCAAGAGAUGGCAUCGCCUUGCGUUUGAUGAAUCUCUCUGGCAGACUCUUGAUCUGACUGGUACGAAUUUGCCGCCAGGAGCGAUUGGACAGUUGCUGCCGGCAGGUGUAACUGCUUUCCGCUGCCCACGGUCUUGUAUUUGGAAUCCAUUGUUUACAACAAGCAAACCUCUCAAAGUUCAACAUAUGGAUUUGUCAAACUGCACAGUGUCUGUUGCAGAUCUCCAGAGUAUUCUUUGUCUUUGUGAAAGGCUGCAGAACCUCAGCUUGGAGGGACUAGUGCUUUCUGACAUCAUCAUCAAGAGCAUUGCUAAGAAUCCCGUUCUGAUGCGACUAAAUCUCUGUGGGUGCUCGGGGUUUUCUGCAGAAGCCUUGGAGCUGAUGCUGAGCAGCUGUUCUAUGUUGGAGGAGCUGAACCUGUCCUGGUGUGGCUUCACAGCCACCCAUGUCAAAGCAGCAGUCAGUCAUGUUUCUUCAAAUGUAACCCAAUUAAAUUUAAGUGGAUACAGACAAAAUCUACAAAUAGCAGAUGUUAAAACACUGGUGGAAAGAUGCCCUUUUCUUGUCCAUUUAGAUCUAAGCGACAGCGUGAUGUUGAAGCCUGAGUGCUUCCAGUACUUUCACCAACUCCCGUUUCUGCAACAUCUGUGUCUGAGCCGAUGCUAUCAGAUAUCACCCGCCGCCCUAGUACAACUUGGCGAAAUUCCAACAUUAAUGACUCUCCAGGUAUUUGGAAUAGUGACUGAUAGCUCCCUACAGCUCCUCAAGGAAACGCUUCCUGACAUCAAGAUCAAUUGUUCAUACUUCACAAGUAUCGCAAGGCCAACUGUUGGCAGUAAAAACAACCAUGAGAUUUGGGGCAUCAAAUGCAGAUUGACUCUCAGAAAUCCUAGUGGUUUAUGAUCAUGUACAAUGCACGGGAUGUGCCAGACAUGCUCUAUGUAGUGAAGCUCCUU